GAGUUGCUGAAAGCAAAGGGGGGAGGGGGCGGAGCAGGAGCUUGGGGCAUCUCAGAGGUUGCUCCAAGCAGGGUGCUGGAGAGCACACAGCCUGGAUGCGCAAAGGUUGUGGGGGGUAGGCAGUAACUGGGAGCACAGUGUUGCUGUCCUGGCACAGACACCGGAGUCUACUGGAAGCCCAUCCUAUGCCUUGGGAACCCAUCUGACCUCAAGCCUGGGGUGAUCAGGUGCACGUGGUUCAGGAGCCACGGUGAUAGGAAGCACAUGGUGUCCAGGAGCCCGUGCUGUCAAGGAGUCCCACAGGCACUGGGAGCACGUGAUGAUUGGGUGCCCACGGUGAUUGACAGAGCUAGCGCUGACUGUGACUGGGUGCCUAUAAGGUAGUCAGGAAGCCUGUGGCUAGGAGCCGCCGGGUCACGGGGUCUCAGGGGCGGGCUUUCGUUCACGCCGGGCUGGCUCAGCCAGGGCAGUCGGCAGGGGCCCCAGUGCCUCCCUCACUCUCGAGAGCCUGCUAGGCCGCUCUCCAGCCCUCGGCCGGCAGACAUGUACCAGAAGUGGGCCAGGGAGGAUUCUCCUAGCCGCAGGCCCGGCCCUUUCACCUCACGGCUCCGUCCGUCACCGGAGGCGGUGAUAGCGGGCCUGCCGACGACAGGGGCCUGGAUUGGGCCUCAAGAAUGCUCCCGGUGCUGGUGGAACGGGGCCCCUGAGGAGGAGGCCGGGGGCAAUUGUGGUUGCCAAGUGACCUGGGAUCAGGAAACCCCCUGGGAGCCACCACCCUCGCCCCGACAUCGUCACCAUCCUAGGAUCACCGCCCCACGCCCAUGGUCGGGCCCCGCGAGGGCGCCCCUGCGGGCCAGUGGGGCCCACACGUCCAUCUAUGGCGAUGUGACCCCAGUGGAGCCGAACUUCUGCCCCCGGGCCUUCGUGGUGCACCUGGAGGGGGCCUGUGCCCAAGCGGAAGGACGACCAGCGGAGGAAGUCGAAGAAGGCUCAUGGGCACAGGGGACUGUGGGGAGGAUUUUGAGGAAACAGAGGAGCAACUUCAGCAUAAUGGGGAAAAGAAAUUCGUUUGGUGGGAUCUGUGGCACUCAUCUUCCUAUGUCAAACAACCCUCAUGAGAAUUUACCUCAUUGGAAUUUGGAAUCAGAUGUCUUCACUCUUGAAAGUAAAAACUUCCCACCUGGAAGGGAGAGUGCAGCAGGUGGUAAACUGAAAAAGAAUCAUUUGGAAAUUCCAUUAGAACAACUGAUAGAACUUACUUUGUCGGAGAACCCACAAAAAAGAUCUCAGAACAAUAGUAAAGCAGGGAUGUUUCAGUUCUGGAGCUACCCUCAUAAUGAAGCAAUAACUAUGGAGAAUAGGGAUUUCCAAAAACCUCCGAUGGAAAUUGGCUUUAAGGUAAAUAAUCCUCUAAGGCUCUUCACUCUGAACCACUCACUAACAGGUGCUUCUGUUGAUAAACAAGCUGGUUCUUACACUGCACUACAACAACAGAUGCCAUUAAGUCUCUGCUGGCCUUAUGCUGAUGGAGACUUUUGUAAAGAUAGAAGUGAGGCUGAGAAUAAUUCUUAUCCAGCUAUAGAAAGCAACAAUGAUGAAACUUUAUCUGCUUCAAAUUGGAAUAUGAAAUAUGGGAAUAACAGCAUGGAAGAAAAUCUAACUGAUGAAAGUGAUUUAUCAGAAAAUGAAAAAGUAAAUGAUACAAUAUUCACUUAUUUUAAAAAAGUGGACCUGAACUUAAAGCCAGAAGUAAUAGAAGAUUUUGAAGAAUCUUUCUUGGAACAACCAAGUGAAGUAUUUUCAUAUCCUGAUUUUCUCCCUCCACCUUUUAAUACUCUAGACUUGCACAAACUGGCUCUCUCAAAAUCUGAAAAUUGGAAAGUGGCAUUAGAUCCUAUAGAAAGCUCCAUUGAGCAGUUGAUAAGUCGUUUAUUAGAAAUGGAAAGAAUACAACACCUGACUAUACAAAAGGAGAAGCCAAAGAUACCAGCCAACUGCUCUACUCCAGUCACUACUGAACGACCCAGUUCAUCCAAAGCUUCAUCAAAACAAAAACAAUCAAGAUAUCCUGAAUCUCUGCCUCUUCAGAUAGCUUGUGUAGAUAAAGGUAGAGAAAAAAGAAAAAACAACUCUAAUUCUUGCAAACUUGAACAGAAUACUUCAAAAUGCAGUUGGAACAAUGCUGGUAAACAUAAGUGGAAUUCUAGGCCAUCAUCUAUCAGAAGCUCAUCUUCCACAAAGCAAAUCAUUGCAACUUAUGAUGAUUUUAAAAUUCCCAAAGGACCCUCUUUAAGUCCAUGCCAAGAAGUUUCAUCUAGACCUACUUCAAGCCAUUCCAUCACUCAAACAACUCAUCCAUUGGUUAAAAUGGUUUCAACAAGAUGUGUGCAGCCAAAGUCUCCACUACCUUUAUCUUCCCUAUCUCUUUGUUUGCCUGAGACAUCAAGAAGCAAAAAAAAACUUUAUCGGAAAACUAUAGCUGUAAAUAGACCAUUCCAUGUUCAGAAGAGGCAUUGUUUAUCUCCUUCACUUACAGCUAAAUGUGAGAAGUGCUCACACAUUGACCAAAAAUAACCUUAUUUUUUCUGUCAUCGUUCUCAUUGGGAGUAAACCUAGUCCACCAUACCAGUUGAAAUCUGAUUUAUCACUCCCAGUUACAGGUAUUACAAAACGAAAAGAAAACCCCAAAGAUUACUUGAAGUGAUAUGAAGUAAUUCUUAUGAAAAUUACUUUGUGCUUCAUAUAAAUCUGGGAGUUUUCCUGAUGACAGAUUUGAUAAACCUUUUUUGUUUCAUCACCAAGAAAUAUUUCAUUGAGGAAACCAAAUUCUAAAGACUGUCCUUUCAUUGUGACUUUUCUGGUGUACUUAACAUCAAACAUCAAUAAAUUAGAUACUUGACUUUAA